UUAUUUGAAUCUGGACGUGAGACUUCUCAAAAUCAUUUCAUGUAGGUAGAUGUAUAGUCAGCAUAUGAGUUUUGGCUGAAAGAUUAUGAGGUCACACUUUUGUGCUCUUUAUCAGGCAUAUAGUGGUACUAUUUGUUUUAAAUGGAAAGAUUUGUGCAGUAACUCUGUGACUAUUUGUCCUGUAAGAAUGUAAAGUAACUGAGAGCAGACACGCAGUUUAGCAGUUACUUCUCAGGUUAAAGUAGCUAGAUUGGAGAUGGUGCAAUAAGUUUUAAUUUCAAGACCAAGACUUAUUCUUAACUUAGGAGCAACAAGCAAAUGAAGGUCAGAGGCAGAGUGCCCAUGGCAGUGUAGAAAAAGAAUAAUUAAAAUCAAGAAAUCAUGUAGAGGUCAUUGAUUGGGAGGAUUGAUUGUCAGACAACAAAUAUCUAUUAUUUUUAUUCAAGAGCAUGGAAGUGAAAUAAUAAACAAGCCUACUCAAACAUCAGUGGAGUUUAUAAGUCUUGCAUGAGCUGAUCUUUGGAGAGAAAAGUAUUCAACAUAUAUCCUUCGUAAAUCAUUAUACAGUAUUUAGAGGAGAGUGACUAUACAGGUACCAUGACUGAUCAAUUUCGUGUUGGAGGUGAUCAACAUUUCCAAGGUCAAGAAUUGUAUGAAGAAGCCGAGUCAAAAUUGACAGCAUGUGCGACACCAAACAAUAGUCUCAGUGCCAUUGAUAAAAGUACCCUGCCUUCUCACAAACUGGAGAGCUCCAUCCAACUAAAAGGCAGCUCCAGUUCCAUAAAAUCCUUUGACAUCUCCACGAGGCCUAAAGGGGAGCCAAUGACUGCAGUGGAGGCAAAAAAACACUAUAUACACAAACUUACACCGUAUGAGGAACAGGAAAUAGCUAGCUAUUCAGAAAUCUAUUUUGUUGGACCAAAUUCUAAAAAGAGACCAGGAAUUAUUGGAGCACCAAAUAAUAAUAGCUACGAUGAUGAUCAGGGCUCUUAUCUCUAUGUGCCACAUGAUCAUAUAGCAUAUCGAUAUGAAGUCAUCAAGGUAAUUGGAAAAGGCAGCUUUGGGCAGGUGGUGAAAGCUUAUGACCACAAACUCCACCAAUACAUCGCCUUGAAAAUGGUGAGGAACGAAAAGAGAUUUCACAGGCAGGCAGCAGAGGAAAUCAAGAUACUAGACCAUUUGAGGAAGCAAGACAAGGACAACAACAUGAAUGUUAUCCAUAUCUAUGAGAGUUUUUCCUUCCGUAACCACAUAUGUAUGACCUUUGAACUACUAAGUAUGAAUCUCUAUGAACUCAUCAAGAAGAAUAAGUUUCAAGGAUUCAGUCUGCCCCUGGUCCGUAAAUUUGCACACUCCAUCCUGCAGUGCCUUGAUGCUUUACAUAAAAGCCAUAUCAUCCAUUGCGACUUGAAACCUGAGAACAUCCUAUUGAAGCAACAGGGCCGUAGUGGAGUUAAAGUGAUCGACUUUGGAUCCAGCUGUUAUGACCAUCAAAAAAUUUACACAUACAUUCAGUCACGUUUUUACCGAGCUCCUGAGGUGAUUCUAGGAGCACAAUAUGGGAUGGCUAUUGAUAUGUGGAGUUUGGGAUGCAUUCUUGCUGAAUUGCUGACUGGUCACCCGCUGUUGCCAGGGGAAGACGAGGGGGAUCAACUUGCUUGCAUGAUGGAAUUAUUAGGAAUGCCAUCAAAAGUACUUCUGGAAUGUUCCAAAAGAGCCAAAAUGUUCAUCAGUUCUAAGGGUUACCCUAGAUAUUCUUCUAUUGUAACUCUUCCUGAUGGGACUGUGCAUUUGAAUGGUGGACGAUCUCGAAGAGGAAAAACUCGAGGUCCCCCUGGUCAACGGGACUGGGUCAGUGCCCUAAAGGGUUGUGAUGAUCAAUCUUUCAUUGACUUCCUGAAACACUGCCUGGAGUGGGAUCCUGCCUUACGCAUGACACCAGCACAGGCCUUAAGGCACCCUUGGCUUCGGAGACGUCUGCCAAAGCCACCAACAAAUGACAAAGCAACAUUUGUCAAACGCAUGUCAGCAAGCCCUACUAGCCUCAUGGAUGCAGUGGUUAAACUACCUCCUACUUCUGCCAGCAUUGCCAAUAAAUUGAAAUCCAAUCAGAGUAAUGAUUCCAAUCCCAACAUGACUCAGAGGACAGUGCUGCCAAAGCUGGUCAGUUGACUGGUAACUUGAAGAAAAUAACAGUUGUUGAUACUCAGUCAGAAUAUGAAUUCCUGUGGCAUGCGGUAUACAGGGAACAUAAUUUCUUCCUUUCUACAUUCCAACUUGACUUGAGCCAACAGGUCUUUAAUUAUUACAAGGCUGCAAGUCUGCACUGAGCAUGCUCCAGGACUGCUGGGCAGCUCCUGCCAGGCCACACUGUACACAUUGGUUUACACUGUACAAUGACACAAACUACCCACCAACAUUCACAGUAAAGCAGUUGGGCUAGAUGCACAAUGAAAAGGUGUUCUUUGAUUGGAUAAUUAUUUAUUUUACAUCAGCAGUAUCCUACUCAGAUGACAUAGUGUGCUAAUCCUUUGCUCCCUGCAUAUUUGAAGGCCAAAAGUGCCCUUUAAUUUACUCACUGAUGAAACUGCUGUGAAUGAAAAUGGUCUCAAAUCAUUCACUUUCUAAUAACCAAGAAAGAUUUCAUACAUUUACAAACUUUGAUGUAAUAAUGGAUUUGGCCUACUAGCUAUCCUAAUUUAUCUUUCUUGGGAUCUGUAUUUCCAUUGGACACUGAACAGUGGCUUGCAGUCUCGGGUGGACAUCUGUAUGCAUUGGAGGAGAGAUGGUAGCAUCCAGACACCUAGAUGUGUCAAUCCAUUCUUUAAAGGGCAUAAGGGUUGCUGAUUCCUUUAGUUUGGCCAAGGUACUGUGUAAGUAUAUAUGCAGGGAUAACCCUCCUUAGGUGCAAAUUAACUGCAACAUCAUGAUAUGGUGGAGAUUUUCCUUAGUGACAAAGCUGGUAAUGUUAAAAAUCAUAGGUAGCUCUCCUUCAUUUUUGGCAACUGAGAGAUGAGUUACCAUUUAUAUCUGAGUUUGUGUUCAUGAAAUAUCAUUGCAUUAGUUCUUGUUUUUAUGAAACAAUAUAUUAAAGGAGUUGACCAAAAGGAACUAUCAUCUGUGCAACUACAUCAGAGAAAGACAAGCCUGUUUUUUUUAAAAUUUGUACUGUAUUUCACGCCUCUUUUCUAUCUUUUAGUCCCUCAUACCAGGUAAUUUUUCAAACUAAUAGGACAGGCGGGUAACCUAGCCUAGCAAUAGCACCACGCGAACAGUUAACUGAGAAUUUUGAAAGUUUUCCUCAGUGAUCUGCCCUCUGAUUUCCCCGUCAUCCUUCUGCGAGUCGUGUCUCCGCAGGUAAAACCUUCAAUGUAUAAUGUGCGAAUCAAACAAACAGAUUAAUUCACACCUAUUUGAAGAUGAAGACAUCAGCUGUGAAAGGGUACCGUCAACUAAGUAGUGUCAAAAAUUAUAAGCUCCACACGUAAUUCAGAUUUUCUGUCAAUAUACAAUAACAGAAAUUCACUAGAUAAAGAAGUCUUUUCGAGGUAAAGAACCUCAAUUGAUUGUGCACUAUUUUAUCUUGAAUGUCCAUUUAGCAAAUUUAAAGAGUAGAAAAUUUGGAGAGGGGUCUGUAGUAUUGGGAAGAUCGCUCCAGAGGGUGGAUUCAAAAUGUCAAUUUCACAAGCCUUCCACUUUCUAGUGAUUGAUAACAAGAAAAUCAGGGGAAUUGUAAAUCAGAUUCACUAAUCUCUGCUGCUGAUUGUUGGAUCUAUUGAUUGGUAAGGCACCAUGCCAGCAAUGUUGUCUUGAAAAGUUCACCCUCCAUAAAUCAUUUUCACUUAUUGUUCAUUUGAGUAUUAUAGCUAUCACCCAAACACAUAACACUUGAUAAACAUUGAUUGCACUUCCUUAAGAAAACAAGACUAGCCCUUGCUGCUUACCUGCAGAAUGUAUUAAUGGGCAAUUCCAGUGAGACAGGGAGCUUUGCCUUUUGGGAGCACAUUGAGAAAUUAAAUUCCACAAACAGGAAAAGAAAGACUUGCAUUUUUGAAAUGCACCUUUCAUGACUACAAAAUGCUUUACAGCCAAUGACAUCCUAUUUGAAGUUAGUCAGUGUUAUAUUGUAGGAAUUGCAGCAGCUACUUUGCAUGCAGAAAACUCCCAUAAGCAGCAAUAUGAUAAUAACUGAAUAACCUGUUUCAGUGGUGCUGGUUGAGGAAUUAGUGAUUGUUAGGACACGAGGGAGAACUGUUUAGUGCUUCUCCAAUGUAUUGCCCAUUUGGAUUUUUCAUCCCCAUGGAGGAAAAUAGAUGAGGCCUUGGUUUGUGUCUCAUCUGAAACACAGUAUUUUUGACAGUGGUGCCUGAUGAAGACAUUAUUAGAAACCAAUCUGGAAUUUUAUUUGAAGAGCAAGUGAGCAGUGGUCCACCCCAGCUUUGAUAAAACACAGCUGAGAACUAAUUGUGAGCUGGAAGAGAUACAAGGUAUUUUAGGUUUAGUUGUGGAUCAGAAUGAGCUUCUUCUGAUUUCUAAGAAGCCUUCGGCCUCCAUUACCUCAAUUUUCCCCUCUCCCCAAUCACUUAUAGAUCCCAUCCCCCCCCACCUUGAAUAGCAAUGCUUAUAUCUAUUAAUUUGGUAUGGACUCAACCACAACAAUUUUCUGCAUCAUCAGCAAACUUACGUAUCAUUUUCCUCACGCCUGUGCCUGAAUCAUUAAUAUUAUUAGAAAACUACCAAGGUUCCAGGAAGAUUUCCUUGUGGUCCACCGUCUCAUCAGUAUAGCCAUUCCUGCCUCAGGUGCAUUAGAUCAGAAAGUUUUGCAUGGUCAGGAAAGAGAGAUCACGUCCAGGGUGAGACACAGCCCGAGUAAGUAUGUAGUUUGGGGAAUGUGGGAAUGUGGUGCCAAAGGAACGAGGUGCUUUUUGCUUGCUUUUUUGCUUCAUAGCUUGUAAAGUUGUGUUUUUAACAGGAUAAAUUGAAGCCCAGGAUCAAGGUCCCAGUA